AUUUCUUUGAGCCCAGGAACACAUUGAAUCAUACCUCUACAUAACCAACCCAUCCCUCCUACCCUCCUUUCUUCCUCCAGACCCCCCUCAACUGACUGGAAAAGAAGCAAGAUGUGUGGUAUAUUUGCGUGCUACAAGCACCCUGAUGUGCAGCAAUUCAAGCCCACGGCCCUGAAAAUGGGAAAGGCAAUAAGGCACAGAGGGCCAGAUUGGAGUGGCAACUGGAUUGCGAACGAUACAAUCCUCGUUCACGAGCGUCUCAGCAUCGUUGGUGUUGACACGGGCGCGCAGCCGCUGGUCAACGACGAGAAGACGGUCUCUCUGGCUGUCAACGGCGAAAUCUACAACCACCGCAUUCUCCGUAAGGGCCUCAAGAACCCGUACAACUUCAAGACACAUUCAGACUGCGAGGUCAUCAUCCCGUUGUACCUAGAACAUGGCGUCGAUGCCCCCAAGAAGCUCGACGGCAUGUUCUCUUGGGUCCUUCAUGACAAGGUCCAGGACCGAGUCAUUGCAGCGCGCGACCCUAUCGGAGUCACCACCUUCUACAUGGGCCGAUCAAGCUCAACGCCCGGCGCCGUCUUUUUCGCUUCCGAGUUGAAGUGCUUGCACCCCGUCUGCGACAACAUUAUUUCCUUCCCACCAGGCCAUGUGUACGACUCCAAGACCGACAAGCUCACACGGUACUACGACCCCAAAUGGCUCGUUGAGCCUGAUAACAUCCCCACAAAGCCUGUGGACUACAAGGAGCUGCGAACAGCACUGGAGACCGCAGUGCGCAAGCGGCUGAUGGCCGAAGUGCCCUACGGUGUGCUUCUCUCCGGCGGCCUAGACUCCAGUCUCGUUGCCUCAAUCGCCCAGCGCGAAACCCAGCGCCUCAACGACGCCGCGCGAAAACGCGCCGCCGAGACCAAGGAGAAGAACGGCAAGCUCAACGGCUACGCCAUCGAUGGACACGCCCCCGGCGGCCUCGUCGGCAUCGACGACACCAACGAGCUCGCCACCGUCCAGAUGCUCCCCGAGCUCAACUCCUUCUCCAUCGGCCUCCCCGGUUCUCCUGACGGUGUUGCUGCACAGGAGGUCGCAGACUUCCUCGGCACGCGACACCACACCUUUACCUUCACGCUCGAAGAGGGCCUCGACGCCCUCUCCGACGUCAUCUUCCACCUCGAAACCUUCGACGUGACCACCAUCCGCGCAUCCACCCCCAUGUUCCUGCUUGCACGCAAGAUCAAAGCGAUGGGCGUCAAGAUGGUCUUGUCCGGCGAAGGUAGUGAUGAGAUCUUUGGCGGCUACCUCUACUUCCACAAUGCGCCCGACAAGGCCGCCCUGCACGCCGAGACCAUCCGGCGCAUCCAGAACCUCCAUCUCGCAGACUGUCUGCGCGCCAACAAGAGCACGUCCGCCUGGGGCGUUGAAGCCCGCGUGCCCUUCCUCGACAAGCAGUUCCUCAACGUCGCCAUGUCGAUCGACCCCGAGGAGAAGCUCAUCAAGCGCCCGGAACGCAUCGAGAAGUACAUCCUGCGCAAGGCGUUCGACACCACGGACGAGCCGGGCACGGCGCCGUACCUCCCGGACAAGAUUCUGUGGCGCCAGAAGGAGCAGUUUAGCGAUGGUGUGGGGUACGGGUGGAUCGAUGCGCUCAAGGACGAGGCGGAGAAGAAGGUCAGCGAUGAGGAUAUGAAGAACCCGAAGGCGGAGUGGGGCGAGGAUGUGCCGGAUAGCAAGGAGGCGUACUGGUACAGGACCAUGUUCGACGAGCAUUUCCCGGCGUACUGCGCGAGCACGGUGAUGCGGUGGACGCCGACGUGGAGCAAGCAGACGGAUCCGAGUGGGCGUGCGAUUGCGGUCCACGAGCAGAAGUACGAGAACGCGGCGUAAGCGGCGAUGCCAUGACGUGUGAUCUACGACGAGGGCUGUUUACUGGAUGAGGGGUUGCCAGAGUAGACUGACUGACUGGCUGCUCUUCCUCCUUUGUGCGAAUACCAGAGUUAGCUGCGUCCCUAGACUGGGGACGGUGGACUAUAUUCUUGUAUAUAGAAUGUCAUUUACGAGUACGAUUCUUCUGAGCCCGAGCUGUCGUAUAUACAUGUCUCAUC